UUGGUUUUAUUUGGUUUAAUGGUUUUUGUUUUGAUUUAAGGAUUAGAGUAGUUUCCUUUUAAUUUACAUUAGAACUAUGGUUUAAUUUUGGAGUUUUUCCUUUUCUUAAUGACGGUUUAUGAGCUUGUAAGAAUGGUCUUAAAACCUUAUGAUGAAUAAAAAUCCAACUUCCAACAUUAACCUUAUUCUCUUUGCUAUCUCUUACUCUGUUCUUAAAGUUUAACAAGGGCAUACUAUACUAGAUCCGUGGCGAGGGCUGAGGCUCAUAACAGAUUUCUUUGCCCAAAUUUUGAAUCUUUAAGCUUCAAGUUUUGAAUGAUGAUGGCGAGGAAGGAGGCUGCGACACGGGUCUUUUGGGGCAUGAGCACUUGUCCAGUUCCCGAUGGCUAUGAUGCUGGUCGUGUAGGUCCAUGUAUCAAACGAGCAUUGAAGAAAUUAGGCUACACUGGUGGUGUCUCCAUCACUGGCCUUGGCAUACUAACAAACGUCUCUACCGACAUCCUGCAAGCGCUCUAUUCCUCCGGAGUCUCUCUUUCUAACCUCCGAACCAAAUCUUUUGGCCUUCAAAGGAAAAUUUCCGGUUGGAAAAUGGCUGGACCACCUUGGGAUAAUUUAAUGCUUAUAUCCGGUGAGAAGAACUUCGUUGGAUAUCUUGGCAUGCUAGAGUUGAACAGAGUCCACGUUAUUCAGGAAUUACCAUUUGAUCAUCUUCAAACCGCCUCUAAUCCUAUAGAACGCCCCGUCUGGGAAAGAUUUCUAGUGGCAGAUGGAGUGAAUUCAGGAGACCUUGAGGAGGACCUUGAGGAGGACCCCGGUUGGUCUUGCGAAGUAUGACGUUCUAAUGGCCAAGGCUUUGAAAAUUUCUCCAUGCAUCUCAAACACAAACUUCAUGUAAGCAUCUUGCUAGCCACACAAGAAGAAGAAGAAGAAUAUGAAGAGUACUG